ACAAAAUGGCAGAAGACGACACAAGGGUGAAAAUGCAGAUCGAAAACAAUCUAGAUUUGUGCAAAUGUGCUGAGGAUUUUUCUAAAUACUGUCAAGUAGACAUAACAGAUGAGACCCGAGGUUUAGAGGACAGUAURGAGGAGAUGUUAGCGAAUCUGGAUGAGUUUUCCCACCUUGCAGAUACCAUCCGCAAUGAUUCAUCACAAAUUUUAUUCGUGUUACUUCCUGAGCUAUGUGCAAAGUGUCAAGCCUUACCAACCAUUUUUAAUCGGAUUGAUCAGCUUGAGGUUUUUAUAGAGAAAGUAAAGAAAUGUGUAGAUGACUUUGAAGAGAAAGUAGACAAAGCAGAAGAGGAGCUGGGAAGUMAUUCCAUCAAAAAAGUGUUGAAUGCAAUUCCAUAUCUCAAUCUAAUGCAGAAAAAACAAAUUCCUCCCACAAAGCCACCUGAGAUGGAAGCAGCAAUUUGGCAGCCACCAGAAUUGUUUAAGACUACUGACUUUUUCAAAAGAGAUCUUCCUGAGAAAUCCCUGGACAGUGAAGGUAUAACAACGCAGCUAGAGACUCGUUUUGAAAUGGCAGAACCAGAUUGAUCAACCAAUAGUAGGAUGAGAUGGUAAAGUAGGAUAAUUAUGAAUCAGGUAAAAAGAAGAAAAAGGGUAGAAUGAAUUGUAAAUUUGUAGUUUUUCCAAAAAUAUCAAUAAUUAUAUAAAGUUCUCUGGGCAUUCCAGUCAUUUAGUAUAAAUAAUCCACAACCUAUACUGUGUUUGCAAUUUUUUACCAUUCCAAAGGUGUUGGGAUGAGCUAUAGUUUAUAUAAUAGUCUGGUUAAAGCUGCAAAGAGAUGAAAACUGUUAAAAAUAAUAAAACUCUUACAUGUGCCAAUGAUAGAUAUAUUAAAUUUGUUAGCAGUUUGA